AUGGAAGGUAUAGGGGGUUCCGCAGCAUCUGCUGCAUCAGGAGAAGCAGGAAGUGCUGCAGGAGAACCGCCACGUGAGGAGGAGAGAGUUGCAACGGGGAUUCCUGCAACUGCAACUGCUGCCGCGGCUACGGCAAAUGGUCGGCAGCAGGGGGACUCAACUACCGGAGGAACUCGAUUAUCUCAGCCUUUUCUGUCGCCUUGCUCCACGCAAGCGACGCAACGCUGCGCACCAGCGGCAGCAGCGGAAGCGGCGUCAUCACGACCUGGAGGGUCCACAAGGGCGACGCCGUCAAACACCCCCCGAAUGCCUUCCGAGGUGGAACGGCUUCGACACUUCUUGGUGGAUGAAAGCGUCCGGCAACAGCAACAGCAGUUUGCGGAGCUAUGUAUGCGACUUGCGGCACGAGCAGUGCAGCAGGCCCACACGGUGAUUGCAGCGGCUGCACAUUCAUCCGUGGAAAGCGACCCACUGCAAGCAGCAGCGGCAGCAAGCAGCACCCUUGAGAUAAGCAGGUCACUGGCUUCGGGAGGUAUCGCCUGCACAACCCUUGGAGUGCGACUGCGCGCUGCUGCUGCAUCUUUUGACUGCGAUGCGGCGGCAGCAUCAGCGGGGGGCCAAAAGGGGUUCCACGAGGUGGGGACGGCCUCGGGAUCGGCAGACUCGACUUCGGGAGCAAGGGGCCCUACCCAUAGCCCUAGCUGCAGCCACAAGAACGGUGGAGGCAGCGGCAGUGGCGGCGGCAGCGGCAACAGCAGUGGCAGCGGCAGGGGGGGCAACAGCCACAACUGUGGCAGCAACGGCGGCUGCUGCUGCGGUCUUGGUAGCGGCAGCGGCCGCGACCGUAGCCAUGGCAACCUUUUGGGCGAUCUAACGGACGGCUCGGGACGCGCCUUUAGCAGGUCGGCGGGAGCAACAGUGCAGGGAGCAGAAGGGGGAACGUGCACAGUGGAUGCCGGACCCAGUGGGUCUGAUGGAGCAACACAGACAGUAGCUGCACCGGUAGAAUUUGAGACGGCAUCAGUUGCAGUACAUAGAUCUUCGCUUGCCGGGGGCUGUCGCCGGAUCUCGGUCAACAGUUUGACAUCCGCUGCAACUGCAUGUGUGGAGGCCGCAGCAGCUGCGGCGGCAGCCGCAUCUGAGAAGCGCCUUCAGCUCAAUUUGUUGCGACUAAAGAGCAACAGCAGUUUGUUGAUGACCGGAUCCGAUAUUCGGGUACUGCUGCAAUGGCGACAGGAAGAUGUGCUGCUGUACGAGCAGCACGAGCUGCUCAGGCAGAUCCACGAGAGGAUCCUUCGGCUGCAACACGGGCGGAGGCAACGUCUUCAUGCGCAGGAGCGCAUGCAAGAGCAGCGCGACAGCUUCCUUCCACAUAUACUGCUGUUGGACAGCCCAGUGGCUGUUCUGUCGCCUGUGAAAGAGGCAGCAGCGGCAGCAGCAGCUGUAGACCAGCGUCAGCAGCAGCUGCGCCGCUGCCGCGAGUACCGCAUGCUGCAUUCCUUUGCUGUGCAGCAGCUUCUGCAGCUGUUACUGCUAUUGGGCCUACCACAGUUUGCGGCGAAAUUGGCACUUGCAGAUUUGUUUGAGGAAGCUGGGCUCUGCGCCUUGGGAGCCAUUGGCCAGAGGAGACUAGAGGAAUGGGAAGCAGCACACGCGAUAGUCGCCGCCGCUGUUGCAGCUGCCGUUACUGCCACUGAAAAGACGGCUGGCAUUUGCCCUAGGGAUGCCCUGGCGACAGGCCCUCUGAAUGGCCGCGAGGAGGGCAGUACUGAGGCUGCCCCCAACAGCAGUAGCAGCUGCAGCACCUCCAGUGCUCCAGCAGCUGCGGCGGUGAAGCCGCCGCGCAAUGCAUCAGAUAUGGCUGCAGCAGCAACAGCAGCAGCUGCCGCUGCUGCCACUCAGUUCGGUGGCUGGAACGGAUCGUGGUUCAUGCCGGAGUCAGCGGCAGCAGCGGCUGCAACGGCAGCAGCACAGGCAGAAAUCGCAGGUCUUACGGAAGCUGCAAGAACUGCAGCAUUGUCAGCGGCGUCGGAGGGUGCGGUGUUGCGUUGCUGCGCCACAGCAGCGAGAUUGGCCGCAGCAGAACUAGGUGGUGGGACUGGGGGAAAAGCCUUCAACAACAGCAAGCUUACGUUACCCCUAAUGCUGUCGCGCGUGUCUUACGUGCAUUACCACUCUCUGCCACUGUCCGCUCCAUCGGAUUGGAUGUCUUUGCAAGACGUCGCGCACUUGCUCUCCUCACCGAACGAACCGUCUCUCGAGCCGUUGAUGCUGGUCCUUUUGCCUCGCCGGCUGAAGUACCCUUGUCAGCAUGAUGAUACAUCGAAACAAGCCGUGGUGGUUGCCCACGGUCAGGCUAUUUGUUUGGCUUCACCCCUGCUGGUGGAGGCUGUGGAAAUCGCAGCAGCUGGAGGAGCAGCGGGGAGCGCAUUGAUUGAUGAAGAUUCUGCGGAUAAGGCGCCUGUCUUGCUACCCGGUGUCCAGCCGCGAAGCCGCGGGACAGCGGCGGCGGGACGUGGUGUGUGCAGGUGCGGCAGCUGCUGUUUAUGCAGGAGGAACAGCAACGGUUGGCGAGUUUUGGGCCCAGGCACAGCAGCGGUCGAGAGCAGCAGUAUCAGAAACUUGAUAUCCCUUGGUGCGUGGGAGAAAAGUUAUCCCACUUUCUCGGUGAGGGGACUCUUGGUUGUUAGUCUGAUGGCUCAGAGGCAUCUGCUGCUGAAGGCAGCGGCAGGAGCAGCAGCGAACUCGCUUGCGGCAGUUGCUGCUGCCGGGCUGCGCUCGAAACAGAUUGUGCUGCAGUCCAAUGAGCCCCCUCUGCGUCGCUUUUUUAGGCUGCGGCGCUUCUUGCAGCAGCAGCGUUCGCAGCGGCGGCAGAGGCAGCAGCAACAGCAAGAGCAGGAUCGCCAAGAGCUACAGCAACAACGACAACGCCAACAUCAGCAGGGGCAUCAGGCGCAACGGACGCAACAGCAGGAAGAGCCACAACACCAGGGGCAGGGGGAUCAACGCCAGCCGCUGCAGCAGCAACAUCAGCGGCAGCUGCAGGAACAACAGCAGCAACAGCCGCAGCAAAGGUUGCAGCAGCUAGGUAACCAACUGCUGCCGCAGCAGCAGUUGCAGCAGCAACUACAUUUACAGCCGGCAGAGCGACGGCGGGAGCAGCAACAAUCGCACCAAGAGCUGCAGCCACAGCAGCAACAGCAGCGGCUGUCCCAGCAGCAAUCAGAGCAGCAGAAUCAACGCCAACAGCGGCGACGGCAUCAAGAAUCGGACACACCUUCGGGGGACGAGGAGACCUUGCUGGCUGCUGACAUAGGGACGGCAGCCACAGCUGCUGCUGCGGCAGCAGUGAUGACAGAUAGGGACUUUGUCGGGCGUCCUUCGCGGAUGCAUUGUGAUGGCUGCAGUUUGAUGUGGCUCCGGCUGGGUGCAAGGGGGGGACCCCUGGAAGGGCUGCUGUGUGUCACGAAGAGUGACAACCUGCCCGGGAUCCCAGGGGCUUUGGGCGCCAGUAGCAGUUGCAGGAGGGACAACAGCAGCAACGGCAGCGCAGCAGCAAGAGUUGCAGCAGCAGCGGCAGCGGAUGUGGGGUCGUCAGAGCUCGACGCUGCUGCUGCUGCGGUGUUUGCAGAUGCUGGAGUUGCCGCGGCACAUCCAGUUGCCAGCGCAGCACCAGGCCGUGGGCUGUCGCAGCGAGCAACGUCGCAGCGCCUGGGCGAUGCAGGCGAACCAACGCAGGUCGCGGGGGACACUGCAGCUCGCAGCAGGAACUUUAUUAUUCCCAACAGACACGCUGUUUUGUUUUCAUUACGUGGCCGUUGCAUUAGUAGCAACAGCUUGGCGAAUACUAGCAGUAGCCGCGGUAACUCCAACCCACGUGGGGGGAUGGUGUCAAGUGGUGCUGGCAAUAACGCUACCUGCUUCAACCCUUGCGGCUGCAUCUACCGUUGCGUCAGCGGCAUCAGCGGAAGCUACUGCGAGGGUGUCUGCAGCAACAUCGAGAGCUGCUGCAACGAUACAGAUGCCAGUAGUGCCCUUAACUUGAGCAACAGUAGGGCUGGCUGUAGCAGUGGCGUCAAGGUGUUGGUUGGCUUCGGCCCGCCAUUCCCUGUAAGCGUCCAAAUUCACUUUACACGAGAGACUGAAGGGUCGCGGGUGCAGAAGCGCUUGGCUGUGUUACUGCGUCUGCAGCAACAGCAGCACCGGCAACAGCAUGUUCAGAUGUCCCAAGGGCAGCUGCAGCCAGUCCAUGAGGUUCAGCCGCAGCAGCGCCGUCGUGAACUCUACCAGCGCCACCAGCAUGAGGAAUUCCACCAGCAGCAAGGGCUUGGUGCUCGGGGAGAGCAGCAACGCAGGCGUUUUUUACAGGCCGUGGUGCAACAACAACAACUGGUACAGCACCACAACCACAUGUUGGAUCAAGAGGAGCCGAGAACACUGCACGAGGCUAUUGCACUUGUCUUGAGGCAGCAGCAGCAACAGCUGCUACACCAGUACAUGCAGAGCGAGUUUUGGGGGUCAUGCGUUUGUGUGUAUGCGCCAACUAACAUCUUGCUUCCUGCAGAGUUACAGUUGCAGCUACGGCAGCAACAGAGGCUGAUGCAAGCCACGGCAGAUGCUUUGGGGAUUAGAGGCCGUGGUGCAGGGGCUGCAGCAGCAGCGGCUAUUGCAGCCGCAGCAGCUGCAGGGGGACGUCCGUUUGUUCCUAAUGGGUCUGCAGAAUCAGCAGUAGAAGGGAUGAUCACGGCAGGCAUCCCAGGCGUCGCGAUCUUCCGUCCCGUGCUUACAGCUGCUGCGCUGGCGGCUGCUGCUGCGCCUCCCGUUGAUGCUUCUGAGGAUCCCGAUGGAGCUCCUGCCGCUCUCGGUUCCAUUGGCGGAGCAGGGAGGCGGCGUGCACCGCCUUUGGAUAUUUUUGGGGAUGUCCAGUCGGGGUUCGCUGCUGCUGCUGCACUUCUCCAGCAGCAGCGUAUCAACGUUUUCUGCAUGGAGUCUUUCAAAUUGCUGCCUGUCACUUCGCUGUCGUUACUUUCUCGGCAGCAACAACUGAACCCACCACAGCAGCAAUGCCAGCAACAACCUCUUGACUCAAACGGGACCCAGAUAUUGCCUAUUGCUUCGGCUGACGACCAAGAGGACUGCGAAGAGCAGCAGCAAAAGCUGCAACGAGUGUUACAGCACCUGCUGCACCACAUGCAGGAGCAGCAGCAGAUGGUCAAGGAGUUGGUUUCUUCUCCCCUGCUUCUUGAUAUGUCUGACCGUAGCAGUUACCCUCCCGUAGAACAGCAGCAGCAACAGCAGCACCUCCAUGAACCGUCUCUUCCCCGCACGCACCCGCGAAGGAUGCAACGAUGGCCGCGACAAGAAGCAGGCGGCAGGGGUCGUCGCAGGCGCACGAGUAGCCAUAGGUGCAGCAGCCACAGCAGCAACAGCAGCGCGGAGCAGCAAAACGAGAUGAGCCCGAGCAUAUGGAGCAGCAGUAGCAGCUGCACAGCAUGCAGCGACAGUGAUACUAGCCCCUUCUCCAUUACGAUGGAACCCGGCGGUCCCUCACCCAAGGGGAGGGCAACCGCAAAAGCAGCGGCGCCAGCGCAGGGAUGUCUCCCGUCGUCUUUAGUGCUGCCAUUGCGGCCCCGGGCGCAGCACCAACAAACUAGGAUGACAACGGCAGUGGUGGCCACGGCAGCUGCAGGACAGGGUCGAGGCAGCCCAGAGGACCAGGAUUCUCCACUGGGUAGUGCACCGGCAGGGGGGACCAGGAAAACUCACAGGACAGCUCCGCCUCCUCCCCAGUCGAAGUGUCUGUCAACUCCUGAGCCUCCGUCGCCGCUGGCAUUCCCUCCAGCAGCACUGGCAGCGCGGAAGCGGCUUGCUGCUGCAGUACUUGCUGCGGCAGCGGAGCUCAGCAGCAGCAGCGGCAGCAGCAAUAACAACGGCACUAAUACAGCCACAACAAACUCUCGAGAAACCCCGCCGUCUCCAGCCUCCACGACAGGCAACGGAUUAUGCAGUGGCAGCAGACCAAAGACACACCGCAACAGGGAGGGCGGGCAGGUCCUUCAAGACGAGGUGCAGGAAAAGAAAGAAGGGGACAUGCGCCAGCAGGGGCAAUCGCAACGUGAGCAACAGCAUCAUCUACCGUGGCCGCAUGCUUGUGGUGGCAGCAAGCGUGAGUGCGGUCUCUCGUCUUUUCCAGUGCAGCAGCAGGAACAAGGAGAGCAGCAUCGGCUGGUGCAACAGCAGCAGCACACUGUGGUCAUUCCCCUAUGCAGGAGAUAUGUUCAUGUCCCACUGCUGCGACAGAAACCACUCUUAACCUUCACAGAUACACGAGAGGCCAUGCUAAACUGCUUGGGUUCAGAAGCGCCCAGCGGACAGCAACACUUGACGGGGAGGCAGCAGGAGCAGCAGCAACAGGGAUCUAAGCGAUUAGGUUUGUCUGCGGCUCUAUUGGGAGAAAUUUGUUGCUUCUUGACGCUGCCAGACUUCUUCGUUUUUAGACAGGUCUGCCGGGCGCACUGCAGUGCGGCGGUUUUGCAUCGCUACACGAGUAUUUUGCGGUUACGGGAGGAGGAUCUGGAGCUGCCACGCCUAGCAAGCUACCUUCCACUACUGCAACUGGCCAGAGAGAUUGACUGCAGCCUAAUCACCGUACCAGGUUCCGUGUCGCCACUAGCUAUUCAGUUUGUAGCGGCAGUGAGCGAAGAGGCGCGGAAAUUUACGUUUUCGAUCGCUGCUUAUUCGAAUUUGGCCAAGUCAGUGUCGAGAGCCUUUGGGAGAAAGCCAGAAGUGGUUAUAUUGAGUGAAGAGCAGCAGCCGAGCCCCCCUUCGGCGCCCACUUACCCGGGAGGGGAACACCAUUCCCCGCAGCCUCCUCCGAACGAUGAGCAGUUGCAACGCCUAUCUAACGUGCAGCAAAGGCAUGGGCAAGAGGAAGAGCUGCCCCAAAGCGAACGAUACGUGCAGUUGCAGCAACAUUUGCGGAGGGAGCAGAACGAGCGACAGCAACAGGGGCAACAACGGGGACACCAGCAACAACAGCACGAGCAGCAGCAACAGCAGCAGCAGCCGGUCGUGCAACGGCAGCACGACUAUCAUGAAGUUGGGGAGAGUCGACGCCAGCAAGGACAACCCAGUCAUAUCGAGCACCAACAACAACCGUGGCAACAAGAGCAUCUAGCACGGCAGCAGCACCUUCAGUGGCAGCACCAGCAACAGUAUCACCAGCACCAGGGUUACCGGCAGCAGCAGGAGCAGGUAGGCCAGGGCAGCACUCCUCACCAGCUGGGAAGCUGGACACAAAUCCCGGCGCAGCCUCAGCAGCAGAUAAACCCAGCACAGCAGCGGCAACUUCAGCAGCUGCAGUACCUUUUGCAGCAGGAGCAACCACCUCAGCCGCAGCAGCAACAGCAAGAGUCAGUUAGGAGUAGUGUCAUGUCAGCGCGCGAGCCAGGGUUGCAGCGACAGCAGGAAGUACUGCCGUUGCCUGUCGUUGCUUCACACAGCGAAAUGCAGCAGCGUCAGCAUUCUCGGCAGGAGCAGCAGCAGCAGCAGCAAGAGCCAACGGACGCGCAGCCGCAGGCCUCGCCGUUGGUGCAUGAACAGAUGCCGGUGGCUCAGCAACAAAUACAACAGCGCGGUGUACAACAAGCAGAGGUGCCGGUGCCGCACCACAUGUUUAUGGACCGUUUGCGCGCCUCUCUCUUACUUCCCAGGCUAGCGUCCCUGUAUGCGCCCGAUACAGCUGCGGCAGGUUCACCCUUGGCGGCAGCUGCCGCAGCCGCUGCAGGCGCCACGGCAACAAAUUUUCUGCUACCACUCCUCAGGCGGAUAAGUGAAGUCGGAGGUUCUCAUGCGCUGCAAACACUGUUGCUAUUGGAAGUUUUGGAGGCGCACCAUAUGAUGAAUCACGAGCCACAUCAGCAAAACCCGUUUCAUGAUGAGCAGCAACAGGCUGAAUUCGCCCAGCAACAUAUUCAGCUCCAGCAGCUGCUACAGCAGCACUUGCAAGAGCAACUCCAGCAGCAGCUGCAGCCGAGCGCCCCUGCCCUGCCAAGGGAGGCAGCGACAGCGCCAGAUCAGCAGGAGCAGAAUUCACAGCAGCAGCCACAACCUGAGCAGCAUCUGCAGCGACGGCGGCAACAGGGGCAGGAGGAGGAAGCGCCUGGUCUGGCGCGUCAGGCAGAACAACCGUCGGGAGCGGCGGAUGCCAGGCCACAUUUUCUUUACCAACAGUUUCUAGUGACGGGUCAAAGGCGUGCCCGGGUCACGCCAUCAUCGCUGCAGCAGCGGUUGCAGCAGCAGCAUCAACAGCAGGAGCCGGAACAGCAGCAGCAGCAACGGCGGCAGCAACAGCAGCAGCCGAGCAGCCCUGCAGCAACAGAAGAAGCUUCUCCGUCCCCAAGCGGUUAUAGAACGCCGGCAAGCGAGACUCAGCGGCAAGCCGCAGCAGCAGCAGCUCGUGAUGCUUUUCACAGUGCUGUUGCCACUGCUGGCGCGGGAAUAGCAGGUGAUGUGCCUGCAGGGAUACGAAUGUGGGAUGAUCGAGGAUUGGUUGGGGGAUUACUUGGUCCUUCGUUGGACGGAAGGAGUCUACCUCCAGACAUAGCAGCGGCAGCAGCUGCAGCAGCUUUUGCAGGGCAUAUGGCUCAGCUCGAUGUUUACGUACACGGCCUUACACCAAAUCCCCUCACUUAUCGGAUGCCACUAGCUGUGCCAUUCAGGAAGCUGAUGAGGUACUACAAGGACCAGGCCGGCCUGCGUGACGACGUUGUAGAGUUUUUGUGGGUCAAGCGAAAGAUCGUCACGAGACUCUUGCCGGAUUUGAGUCCCUUGGAUUAUGGUAUGCAGCGGGGUCAGCUGCAGCUCUAUGCUGAGUCCAGGCCAUCUCUACAGUAUGCCCAGAAGGUUUGGAUAUCGCUUUUUAUUGAAGGCUCUGAGGAAGCACCAUAUCUUCCGCGUCUUCGUUUUAAUGCAAGCAUGAUGACGCCCUUCUCCCGUCUAUCUGAGAGCUAUAGCAGGAAUGUAGGCGUCGAUGAGGGAGACUUACUGCUCUUCUAUUCACGGGAACAGUAUACCGUGCAAAUAAAUUUGAGCAAAUGCCCGCUGGACUAUGACAUCAGGGAGAACGACGUGGUCAAGGCGGAGUUGAGGCCGGGCGCGGCUAUUCCCACGGCGCUGGCUGAGCAAUAUGAACAGGCCCGGCGCCAGCAGCUGUACCGCCAGCUACGCUAG